CUUGUUCACCUUGCAGCCUGAAACACCACACUACACGCAAACACCAUCAUCUCAGGAAGAACUGCAGAAGAUCCUCCUCCUUCUCUCCGCAAUCGAUCGCUCCUCGACCGCGGCCAGGCUCCGAUGGAAGCGACCUCGAUCGUGCUCUGCGAUGUCCGCCACUUCGCGCCGAGGCGGCGCGGCUUCCGGUCGACCGGCCCUGAUCUCAGCCGGGGCCGGUGUCGGUGCCCAUCGCCGAGGCCGGGCUCGCUCAGGCUAGGGCCGCGGAGGAGCUCCAAAGCCGUCGUUCUCGCGUCCGCCUCCGUGGGCGACGCUUACGGCUCCUCGUCGACGCUCGACCGGAGAGAGGCGGAGAGCGACAAGACGGCUUCCUCCGCGCCGUCUUCUCCUCGUCCUCCCGCCUCCGCGGGCCCCGUUUACGUGCCCACGCCGCCGAAUCGAGAGUCGCGGACUCCUCACAGCGGGUACCAUUUUGAUGGGAGUAGCCGGAAAUUUUUUGAAGGAUGGUACUUUAAAGUGUCUAUUCCUGAGAGGAGACAGAGCUUCUGCUUCAUGUACUCUGUGGAAAAUCCUGCAUUUCCCAAGAAGCUCAGUGCUUUAGAAGUGGCACAGUAUGGAUCUCGAUAUACUGGAGUUGGUGCACAAAUUCUUGGUGCUGAUGACAAGUAUAUUUGCCAAUUCUCCGAGGAAUCUGCCAACUUUUGGGGAAGUAGGCACGAGCUUGUAUUGGGGAAUACUUUUAUGGCUGAAAAAGAUGCGAAGCCUCCGAACCAGGAGGUUCCUCCUCAGGAUUUUAAUAGAAGGGUGGCGGAAGGGUUUCAAGUCAGCCCACUUUGGCAUCAAGGUUUCAUACGAGAUGAUGGCAGGUCAAACUAUGUGAAAACUGUGAAAACUGCACGUUGGGAGUAUAGUACCCGCCCUGUCUUUGGAUGGGGCAAUGUUGGAUCACAACAGAAGUCAACCGCGGGGUGGUUAGCAGCUUUUCCUGUAUUCGAACCCCAUUGGCAAAUUUGCAUGGCAGGCGGGCUGUCAACUGGUUGGAUAGAAUGGGAAGGAGAAAGAUUUGAGUUCCAAGAUGCGCCUUCUUAUUCAGAAAAGAAUUGGGGUGGGGCCUUCCCAAGGAAGUGGUUUUGGGUUCAGUGUAACAUCUUUGAAGGUGCAAGUGGAGAAGUUGCUCUGACUGCUGCUGGUGGUUUGAGGCAGCUACCUGGACUAACCGAGACGUUUGAAAAUGCGGCUCUGAUUGGAGUUCACUAUGAUGGGAUUUUCUAUGAAUUUGUGCCUUGGAAUGGCCAUGCCAGCUGGGAAGUUGCUCCAUGGGGCUCCUGGUACAUGGAAGCAGAAAAUGAGACUCACAAGGUUGUAGUGGAGGCAACAACAAAGGAUCCUGGUACGCCAUUGCGUGCUCCGACUGCAGAGGCUGGCCUUGCUCCAGCUUGUAAAGAUUCUUGUUUUGGUGAUCUAAAGCUGCAGAUAUGGGAACGGAGAUAUGAUGGAAGUAAGGGAAAGGUGAUCUUGGACGUGACGAGCAGCAUGGCGGCGGUGGAAGUUGGAGGAGGGCCGUGGUUCAACACUUGGAAAGGCAAGACCUCCACGCCGGAGCUUCUGAGUCGCGCUUUACGCGUUCCCGUUGAUGUCGAUGGGUUUUUCGGUUUGGCUCCAUUCUUCAAGCCUCCUGGUCUAUAGCUGAUGGCUCCUCUUCAGCCUGCGGAGCAAAUUGAGCAAUGAAAAUGCCAUUGAGGUUCGCGGGAAGAGCUGUUUGUGACUGUUCGCUUUUAUGCAGAGCAUUUCCUCUGAUUUAGAAGGACAGGUUGAGAUUAAAGACAAUCUAUGAACAAUGCUUCUCUACAUUUUCCUGUCAUUGUUGUCUCGGAGCACCAUCUCACUGAAACAACACAUAGAUGACUUCUUUCUCGGGUCUUUUACCCGGUGCGUGCGGUGAUUAUUUCUGUAAGGAAAAUUGCUCGACACCGUAGGGAGAUUGUCGAGAAGCAUUUCAUUCCUUACGAUUACUUUCCGAGCAUAGAAUUGAUCUGUGAACGAUGUGGAUUCCUCCUGUUCAUCUAAACACUUGCUAUAUGUCAAGAUCAUUUAGCAGACUAA